UAUAACUAACAAUGAUUUCAUCAUAAGAACAGUGACUACAACUAGAAUAUAUAUUUAAGUACAACAUGGCGUUCAUGUGUGUUGUUGCUUUGAUUUUUCUUUGUUUUUCGAACGUUUACUGUGGAGCGGAAAGGCGACUUAUACUUGACGAUCAAAGCAACCUUGCACAUACGGUGUCCCGAGUGGUCCAAGAGAUUGAAAGCAUAAAGACACAGCAAAACAGCUCACAUAAGACUAUCACUUCACUACAACAACAAGUACAGCAGCUAACCCAAGAUCUAACGAAUACCAAAACCGAACUUAACAUUGCUAAGUCAACAGUACAACAAAUGAGUCAAUCAAGUGGCAGUUGGUCGACGUACGUUCGUUGGGGUAAAAGUUCUUGCAAUAACGACCAAACUGAAUUGGUAUAUUCAGGCUAUGGAGCAGGAUCGAACUGGGAUAACACUGGUGCAGCAACAAAUUUCAUUUGCCUGGUAAAAGACCCGUAUCUAGUUGGCAACAGCUCUUUCAACAAAGGUGCACAGGUAUUUGGUGCUGAAUACGUCAUAGACAACUCUAACUGGGUAGAAACAUCACAAAGAUUGUUUGGUAAAGACAUAACAUUUCAAAAUGCUCCAUGUGCAGUAUGCCGUGUGCCAAGAUCAACGGUGCUUAUGAUACCUGGUAAAAACACUUGUUAUGCGGGUUGGACUUUCGAAUAUGAAGGUCUUUUAGCGGCAGGACAUUACGAACACAAGGCGGGCUCCGAAUUUGUUUGUUUGGAUAAAGAUCUGGAUGUAAUCGCAGGUGGAAGCGCAAAACAUCUUGGGAAGCUUUUCUACCUUGCGGAGGCUGUGUGUGGCGCCUUAACUUGUCCACCAUACCAAAACGGCAAAGAAAUCACAUGUGCAGUUUGUUCAAAAUAAUAACAAGUACAUGUAUCUAAUAAAUUUAAUGUUAAAAAUGAA